AUGCUCAUCAACACCGAGAAGACUAAGUGCCUAGUAAUUUCCAAAGAACCGAUAAGAUGCAAAUUAGAAAUUUACUCCAAAACUGUGGAACAGGUGAAUCACUUCAAAUAUCUUGGAGCCGAAAUAACAAGCUAUGGAAAUCUCUCAAACGAGGCCAGAGAACAAACAAUGAAAGCAGCUAGAAUCUCGGGAUGCCUGAAAGAAAUCGUAUGGAAGAACAAAUAUCUAAAUACUGAAAGUAGAGUUAAAAUAUAUGACACAAAUAGAACGUUACAAAUGAUGAGAACAGUUGAAAUGAGAACACUAAGAAGUAUACAAGGCAAAACUCUACGUGACAGAAUAAGAAGUGAAGACAUCGGACAAAGCUGUGGAAUACAGGACAUAGGAAGGUGGGUGAGACAGAGACGAAGAUAUUGGAACAAACAUAUAAAGAGAAUGGAGGACAGCAGACUCGUUAAACGCAUAAAAACGAAUGACCCAGAAAGUAAAAGACCACACGGUAAACCACCAAAACGAUGGCGAAAAUGCUGGACCUCAUCGUCCGGGGAAGACUUGAUGGCAAUGAACAGGCAGUAG